AUGUUUGAGGGCUAUUGUGCUCAGUCCAAGGGGGACAACUCGUAUUUAGUCUACCGGAAGUUUAUUAUUCAAAGCCCAACACGCGAACACAGUUUAUUAUUAUUUACCUCAAAGAAGUUGAAGCGGAUCUUUGAUAUGAGUGGUGGAGUGUACGGGGGAGAUGAGGUGGGAGCUUUGGUGUUUGAUGUAGGAUCCUAUUCUAUACGGGCUGGCUUUGCUGGUGAAGACACUCCAAAGGCCGAGAUUCCUAGCCAUGUCGGUCUUGUGGAGGAAGUGGAGGCCAUGGCUGCAAUGGAGACAGAAGAUUCCAAGCCCAGCAUUACAGAUAAGAAACACUACAUAGACACAGUGAACCUCAAGGUGGCCCGCAAGAGCAUGGACAUUGUCAGCUUCCUGAAAGAUGGAAUGAUUGAUAAUUGGGACGUUUUUGAGAAAGUUGUUGACUACGCAUAUACGAAACACAUAAAGACCGAGUCACACUACCAUCCAGUGAUGAUGUCUGAGCCAGCGUGGAACAGCAAGGCGAAGCGAGAAAAAUUGACAGAACUGAUGUUUGAGAAGUACAACCUCCCAGCGUUUUUCCUGUGUAAAAAUUCAGUGUUAUCAGCUUUUGCCAAUGGUCGUUCGACAGCGUUAAUCCUGGAUAGUGGAGCUACACACACGUCAGCAGUUCCAGUGUAUGAUGGAUAUGUUCUACAGCAUGGUAUAGUAAAGUCCCCCUUAGCAGGAGACUUUAUCACAAUAGAAUGCAAGAAACUAAUGGAAGAACAAGACAUUGAAGUUGUGCCACCAUAUAUGAUCAAAUCCAAGGAAGAAGUGAAAGAGAUGAGUAAGGCUAACUGGCAGAAGAGGGACGUACCGAGUGUCACCAAGUCUUUUCACAACUACAUGGUCAAGGAUGUAUUCCAGGACUAUGCUGCAUCUGUAAUACAAGUGUCCGAUACUCCCUAUGACAGCAGUACUGCCGAGAGCAUGCCGACCAUGCACUAUGAGUUUCCAAAUGGCUACAACCAGGAUUUUGGAGCAGAAAGAUUCCGAGUGUGUGAAGGACUGUUCGACCCUUCAGUUAUAAAGGAUGUUCCAGGGAACACUAUGCUCGGUGUCGGUCACGUGGUCACCACCAGCGUGGGCAUGUGUGACAUCGACAUCAGGCCGAGUCUGUACAGCAGUGUGAUAGUGGUGGGAGGCAACACACUGGUGGGAGGGUUCACAGACAGACUCAACAGGGACCUCAGCUCCAAGACACCACCAAGUAUGCGUCUGAAGAUCAUUGCUGCAUCCAGUUCAUCAGAGAGGAGAUUUAGCAGUUGGAUUGGAGGUUCAAUAUUGGCAUCGCUGGGGUCCUUCCAGCAGAUGUGGAUCUCCAAGCAGGAGUAUGACGAAGGGGGCAAAGGCUGUGUGGAGCGGAAAUGUCCCUAACUACUAUGUGAACUGAAGAAACUCAAUCAUAACCCAUCGUGUCGGAGCCGCUGUCAUCAAGAAUUGUAUCAUUACCCAUCAAAUAAACACAAUAGCUCAA